GUUAGCAGUGGUCCAGACCAGAGUAGGACCUCAGCAGGUUCUGAGCCUAGGGCUGGAAUGCAGCCCGAGAGUCAGAACCUCCAGGGUCUGCGAGGUGGGCAGGGCGAGAGCCUCACCAAAACAGGAACGUAGUUUGGUGAAGUUGAGAUUUCUGGAUGGUGUAGAAGGAAAAAAAAAAAAAUCAGCAGGAAGGCUGAAAUGGCCAAAAAUGUGCACGGAGACCAGAGAGGUGGUGGCUCCGAAGUCAAGGGCCCUCCCCGACUCCCGCCUCAAACCGAUCCAGUGACGCAAAAGGGCAGGGGAAAGAGCGUGCACUACCAGGUGGAAGCUUGGGCCUCGGCGCCCGCCGUAGAGAUCGUGACGAGGCCGGCGCGUUGCCCUGGAGCCCACAAGACGCCGCAGGACCGCCACAGUGGACCGCGUCGGCGGGCAGCCUCAGGCGCCAUGUCUGUGCUGGACGUGUUGUGGGAAGACCGCGACGUGCGCUUCGACGUGUCCUCGCAACAGAUGAAAACAAGACCUGGAGAAAUCCUUAUUGAUUGUUUAGAUUCAAUUGAAGAUACAAAAGGAAAUAAUGGGGAUAGAGGUAGACUCUUAGUAACAAACUUAAGAAUCAUCUGGCAUUCCUUGGCGUUACCCAGAGUCAAUCUCUCUAUUGGUUACAACUGCAUAUUGAGUAUUACAACAAGAACUGCGAACUCCAAACUACGAGGCCAAACUGAAGCGCUUUAUAUAUUAACAAAAUGCAACACCACCCGGUUUGAGUUUAUUUUCACAAAUCUGGUUCCCGGGAGCCCCAGACUUUUCACUUCUGUGAUUGCAGUGCACAGAGCAUAUGAAACUUCUAAAAUGUACCGUGAUUUCAAACUGAGAAGUGCAGUCAUUCAAAACAAGCAGCUGAGGUUAUUACCACAAGAGCAUGUGUAUGAUAAGAUCAACGGUGUAUGGAAUUUAUCUAGCGACCAGGGAAAUUUAGGAACUUUUUUUAUUACCAAUGUGAGGAUUGUGUGGCAUGCGAAUAUGAAUGACAGUUUUAAUGUCAGCAUCCCGUAUCUGCAAAUCCGUUCAAUAAAGAUCAGAGAUUCAAAAUUUGGUUUGGCUCUUGUCAUAGAAAGCUCUCAACAGAGUGGAGGAUAUGUUCUUGGCUUUAAAAUAGACCCUGUGGAAAAACUACAGGAAUCAGUUAAGGAGAUCAACUCACUUCACAAAGUCUAUUCUGCCAGCCCGAUAUUUGGAGUGAAUUAUGAAAUGGAAGAAAAGCCACAGCCCCUUGAAGCUCUGACGGUUGAACAGGUUCCAGAUGAUGUGGAAAUAGACUCCGAUGAUCACACGGAUGCUUUUGUGGCUUAUUUUGCUGAUGGAAAUAAGCAACAAGACCGAGAACCUGUGUUUUCAGAAGAGCUGGGGCUUGCAAUAGAGAAACUGAAGGAUGGCUUCACACUGCAGGGACUUUGGGAAGUCAUGAGUUGAGCUGGAGUUCUAUUUAAAUAUAUCUCAAGAUUAAAAGACACCACUUGCCUACUCUAGGCAUGGAAUAGUUUUUACAGUAUAGCUUUUAUAUUUUAUAUUUUAAGAAAAGCUUUUAAUAACUAAGGAAAAAUUUCUUAAUUUUAGAAAACUGGCAGUUUUCUAAAAAUUAUAUUCAAAAUUGUAACUGAAAUGUAUCUGGUUUGUAAAUGUUUAUAUUGUACCUAAUACUUGUAAAAUAGCACUUUACAGAUAUUAAGUGACUAUAUCAUGUUGGAUUUAAUAAAGAUUUUAUUCAGCACCACUUAA